UAGAUAACUUCUUCAUGCGCAUGCGCAGUAGUAUCAGGGCUACAGAAGAUGUCAUUCGCCAGAAGACUGCUCAUAAGCGCCCCUAAAACAGCGUCAUUUCACCUUUUCAAAGUUCAAAGAGUCCGAACAUGUUCAGCUCCUCUCACCUCCACCGCGUGCUACAGCAGCGCCUCCUCCACCCAAGAGGAGCCCCAAAACCCCUCCAGCAGCAGCCCAGCGGAGAACAUCCGUCUCAGUCAGUCCUGUCUCGAGAGGCUCGCUGAGAUUAUGGAAAAGGGAGAGUAUCUGAGGAUAGCAGUGGAGGGAGGCGGAUGUUCAGGAUUCCAGUAUAAAUUCGCAGUGGAUACUGUUAGAAAUGAAGACGACAGAGUGUUUGAAAAGAAUGGUGUUGAGAUAAUAGUUGACCAGGACAGUCUGGAGUUUGUGAAAGGAUCCACCAUUGACUUCAGUCAGGAGCUCAUCCGUUCUUCCUUUCAGGUGUUGAAGAACCCACGGGCUGAACACGGCUGCUCAUGCGGCUCGUCUUUCUCUGUCAAAAUCUGACACCCAUCUUCUCUCCAUCACAGUUAUAGUUUAUGAAGUUGUUAGUGCAUGCAUAGCUAUGUGCUUAUUGAAGAUCAGCCAAAAGCAUGAUAAUAAGCUAACGUUAGGGGUUCUGAUUUGUUAAAACUAUUAAUAUGACCACAGAUGACAUAAUAGAAGAAAAACAAAUAUCAGACCCUGCAGUUGUGUUAGUGUGUUGUAUAUAAGGAAGAGUAUAUAUAUAAUAUAUGGUUUUCCAUUGCCUGUUAAGAUCAUUCUUUUUUGGGGGAAUAUUCUCAGGGUCAUUUGCAUAGCUUAAUCACAGACUAUUAUUAUGUGAUUUGAAUCAUGUGAUAAUGAAUCAGCAUUUCUUAAGGUACAGCUCAGAUUUAAUGCAAGUCAUUUGUUUUUAUUACGAAAUGAUAGAUUAAUCACAGAAUUGAAUCGAAAUACUUCCUGAUUACAUUAUAAAAAGUGUAAGUAAAUCUCAUGUUGUCUUGAUCAUAAGGAAGUUCGUUAUCACAGUAUGUGUUCUUUGUUUUACGCUGACAAAGUCUUGUCCUGAAGAUGAUCAAAGCCAACAAAUCGUCAAAAUAUUUUAAAGGAAUCUUCCGGGUUCAAAAGAAGUUAAGCAGCAUUUAUGCCAAAAAUAAUUUUGACUCUGUCCUCAUUAUAAGUAUGUACCGAGUACUGUGUAAACUAUAUUUAGUGUUAUAAUUGAUAUGUCACAGAUAUGUAUUAA